UGUAUUGGACGCGCACACACAUCGAUCAACUGCGCACUGUCGAGCGAAAAAUAUGUAAUGAUGAAAUCUGAAUGAGCAAUAGAUGCUUCACAUUACAAUUAACUAACAGCGACUCCGAUUGACAUUCACAGUUGGAAAAAAAGGUGCAACAUGAAAACAAUGGUUGCGCCUCGGCUCCAGUGCUCGUUGUGAAGAAAAGUGUUUUUUUUGUUUUCGUCAAAUUGGAAGGUGAAGAAAACGACCGAGUGAAAAAAAAAUAUAAUUCAACGAAUCUCAAGCAAAUAAGGUUUUAGAUUUAGUGGAAUAAGUGUUUGGAAGUGAAUUAAAUAUCGCAUGCGGUGUAUAUUUUCUGAAUUUACGGCAUUGUCAAUAUUACAGUAAAAUUAUUCAAGGCAAACAAAGCGAAACAGAAAAAAUUCUUAUAAGUUUUUGAGUGUGUACGUUCGAAAUUAUUGUUGUUUUCAACAAAGCAUAUAAUUAAACAAAUUAAAGCUAGAGAAGUAUAAUCGCAAGCUUGAAAAUGGUGCAGAAAUUCCAAUCUCCCGUCAGAGUAUAUAAAUAUCCUUUCGAACUGGUGAUGAAGGCCUAUGAACGCCGAUUCCCAACAUGUCCCCAAAUGCCAAUUGUACUCGACUGUACUAUCACUAAGGAAGAGAUUAAAGACGACGGUGCAAUCAAACAUACAAGCCGCCGUUGUAAAUUAGCCGUCGAUGCGCCAUACUUACUGAAAAAAGUCAUUGGCUUGGAUCAUGUAUUCUUCAUACAGAACAAUUUCCUUGAUAUGCGAGCCCGUUCACUGAAUAUCGAGGCCACGAACGAAACAUAUGCAUCGAGGGUUGAGAUAUUUGAACGAUGCCGUUAUUAUGCCCAUCCAGAGAAUCCCGAUUGGACUUGUUUCGAUCAGACCGCGACGUUGGAUAUCAAAAACUUUUUCGGUUUCGAGCAUUCGAUUGAGAAAAUGGGAAUGAAGCAGUACACACAAACCACGCUGAAAGGUCGUGAAAUUAUUGAGUAUUUCAUUGAAGAUUUGCGAAAGGAAGGCAUCACACACGUCGACAGAUGGCACGGUUCCCCUGUAAACGUUGAGAAUGGCGACGACGCCGAAGCGAAUGGUGUUUGUUCACGCAAACCAUCGGUGUCCGAGUACAGCGAAAUGCUGGACGGAGAUUACAUCUUAAAGCACUUUGGUACACUCGAACCGAUGCAAGAAUCGAAACUCUUACAACUGCAUGAUAUGAUUAAAGAAUCACUGGGCGGUACACAACCCGUACCAGCCUAUUCAAUACUACUCCGAUUUUUACGUGCCCGAGAUUUUAAUGUUGACAAAGCGCUGCAAAUGUUACAAGAGUCGUUGGAUUGGCGAGAAGAGAAUAACAUCGAUCAAAUGCUCCACGAAUACAAAGCGCCACCAGUGAUUACGAAAUACUUUUUGGGUGCAUGGCAUCAAACGGAUAAGCAAAAUUGUCCAAUUUACAUUCUUCGCUUGGGCCACAUGGAUGUGAAGGGUUUGCUUAAGUCCAUUGGCGAAGAGGUGCUAUUGCAACAUGCUCUGCACAUUUGUGAAGAGGGUUUACAAUUGAUUGAACAAGCAUCGAAUAAAACAGGAAAAGCCGUUACAAAUUGGAGUCUAUUAUGCGAUCUUGAGGGCCUAUCGAUGCGACAUUUAUGGCGUCCGGGCGUCAAAGCACUGCUAAAAAUCAUUGAAACAGUGGAAAAAAAUUACCCUGAGACUCUUGGCCGUGUUUUCAUUGUCAGAGCACCGCGAGUGUUCCCGAUCGCAUGGACUAUCGUCUCGACAUUCAUUCAUGAAAAUACUCGUUCAAAGUUCUUGUUCUACGGUGGUCCAGACUGUGUCAACAUCAACGAUGGCCUGGAAUAUUACAUCGAUUCUGGCAUCAUUCCAGACUUUCUCGGUGGACCUUGCCCAACUUUACUGCAUGAAGGUGGAAUCGUCCCGAAGUCAUUGUACAAGUCAUUGAGCGAUGAUGAUGGUGUGGGCUCGCCAACACAUGACGGACACCAUAUUUACCAAUCAGUCGAUCUGAAACCGGGUCAAAUUCAAGAAGUUAUCAUCAAAAAUAACGACCCACAUAGCAUACUCACUUGGGACUUUGAUGUUGUACGCAGCAAUCUCAAGUUUACCGUUUAUCGUACACCAAAAUCGUUGCCAACCGUUUCCGAUAAGGGACGUUCAAUUUUCGAAUCAGAUGAUUUAGAAGUAGAGAAGGACUAUUAUCGUGUCGAACCGACACUCGAUUGCCAUCAAAAAGAAAGUGUUCAAGGUUCGCAUGUAAUGGCUCACAACGGUAAUUAUGUACUGCAAUGGAUCUGUCCAUCCACAUGUGAUACACCGGCUCAACUGAUGUUCUUCUAUGAAGUGCUGAGCUCCGAAAACUACAAAGGAUCUAUGUCGAAUCUCCAGCCUGGCAUAUCGGCCAUGAGUUUAGCCAGCUCGUGUCAAUCUAGAUGAUCUUCUGUUACCGUUUUACAAAAUCAUCCAGAAGAAACAUAAAAAUGGGAGGGAAUUCUCAAUCAAUGUUUCCUUCUUCAAUCUACACAAACACACAUACAUACACACUAACGCUGAAAACGAAACUUAUUCUCAAUUUAUUUAUUGCAUAUUUUAGUGUUCUUGAGAAUGAGCUACAGUUCAGUAGCUUUGUGUUACACGUACAGAUAAAAUCAGCUAAUACGGAAAGAAUUUACACACAAUUUUUUGUUAUUGUUGUUGCUUUGAAGAAAAAAUAAUGACUCUAAGUUGUAAAUGUUAAGCGGUUAAACUCUUUGACUGCACAAUUUAUUUAAAUUUAUACAUUAAGACCUGUUGUAAUCUUUUGAGGAAAAAAAAUCAAAUCUUUUGUCUUUGUCAGCGUUCUUUUAAACAUUUGUGUGGAAUAAUUUUUUUUUCAAAAUUCACUUUUCACUCUUGUAGGUAACAAAUUGUUUAUAUUUUUAAUUUAUUUGCUAUGCUUUCGAAAAAGAAGAAAACACAUUUUCGGGUUUUGUGCAUUGAACAGAAAGAAGAAAUGAUGAAAAUAACCACAAAAGCAGAUGGUUUCAGGUUUGUUGCUUUAAAACAAAACUAUUCAUUUGUAAAAUCCCGAUUUAGCUGCUUUAUUGUAGACUCCUCAUCGCGACUCAUAUAUAAUUGUGACACGUGUCUUAAAAUAUACUUAUUUUAUGAAAAUUAACAACAGAAAUCAAUGGAUUUGUAACAAUAAUGAAACAAUAAUUCCAUACAUUAAACAACAUAUACCGUUCAAAUGAAUACUUAUAAUAAUAAAUGUACAAAUUGUAAUAGAAAUUGAUGAGAAA